AUGGAGUCACCCUCUUGGAUGUUCAGUAAGGCACUUUCUCAUCGUCAGAAAGUAUGUCGUUUGUUUAAGCGAGCAAUGCGUGAAGUAGAUGGAUACUAUGGAACAGAUAUUUUAGAAGCUCGUUAUCAAAAGGUAAUUAUGAGAGCUCGUUUCGAUGCAUACAAGGAAGAAAAAGAUCCUAAUAAAGCGCGCUUGAUAUAUUUGGAUGGUUGUCGGCAAAUAUGGGAAAGGAAGCACUGGACUACUUUUCGAUUUCAUUUGAUUUUUUUUGCAGUUGCUUCGGAUAUUGGUGGUGCAGCAUACAAUCGUGACACGCACAAUAUGCCUGAUGCUUUUCUUGACAGUUCAUCAUGGACAAAUGUCGAACGUGAGCAAUUUCCGUAUUAUUUCAAUCGACGUGAGCAAAGAAAAAAAGAGUUGCUUGCCCACUGGUCCAAAAUUGAAAAAGAAUGGGACGAAGAAUUAGCUAAAAUACAGACUGAAUUACCAGAAGCUUCGCAGAAGCCUUCACGACAGUAG